CCUGUGAGCGGGGGGCGGGGAGGCAGGAGGGCAGACGCUGCUCCACUACCCUCCGGUGCAGGAGCUGCUGCCGUACACUGUAUAGCCAUGGCAGGGAAACACCACGCCGGAUCCAAGAGGAUGGCAGAGCUGCACAUCAAGAUUGAUGAACUGCAGUCUGCAAAUCGGACCCUUAAACAGCACGUAGUACAUCUUACAGAAAACAAAGAGGCUGUGAGCAAUGAAGUUGAUAUCUUGACUCAAAAGAAUGAGCAGCUCUGCAGAGAACUGACCGAGAUAGACAAGCUAGCCGAGCAACUGGAGAAAGAGAAGGAACAAGCCCUAAAUAUCGCUGAACAGGAACUAGAACAAGCAAAGAGUGAAUUAAGACAACAACAGAAAACUAUUGAUAAUUUGGAGGUCACAGUAAAAAAUCUAAAAUCAGAAGCUAACAUUGCCAAAGAACAAUUAGAAAAAGAUGCAAGUGAACUGGAGGAAAAAACACAGGAGACCAGGGCCAUAAACCUUCUUUUAGACCAACUGCAGGAAGACAACAACAGACUCAGCAAGAAAGUUGAAAAACUUGAGAAAGCUGAGAAGAAGAGUGUUUUAGCAAAUGAAAAGGGUAAAACAACAUCUCCAUCUAAACUUGACUCAUUUGUAAAGAGUCUGGAAGAAGAGAGGGAUCACUACAAGAGAGAAUCAGAACGUCUGAGGAAGAUGCUUCGAGGUCGUAGCAGCAGUCCAAGCCGUAGUCCUUCCUGGUUGGACUCAGAUAGCAAGAAGAUCAUCCGGGAACGUGAUGAGCUGCAGAAUAUGCUUGCAAAGUAUGAGCGUCACAUGGCAGAAAUCCAGGCCAACGUCAAAGUUCUGACAUCAGAGCGAGACAAAACAAACGUUCUUUAUGAAAGGGCCCAGCAUGAAAUAACCCAGCUUCGAAGAGAACUCCUGCGAUCUCCAAAGACCCCCAAAGCCAGUUUAACAGCUCAAGCGAUUUUGAAACGCGUGGAGAGUGAAAGAGAAAGUGCCAUAUCCGAUUUACGCCGCAUGACCACAGAGCGAGACAGCUUGAGAGAACGAGUAAAGAUUUCACAAGAAACAGCUAUAGGUGACAGAGCUCAUCUGGAGCAGAAAAUUGAGGAGUUGCAAUCAUCACUUCAAAUAAUAGAAAGUGAACGCUUGGACCAGAAGUCUGCGUUGUCCCUAAUGAAGGACACAGUAUCAUCUCUGGAAAAUGAAUUAAAAAUACUGAGCAGAAGAGCAGCUGAAUCUGAAAAUGAGUUGAGGCUACAGAGAUCUGAAUGUGAUUCACUGAGAUCCCUGAAUAACAAAACAGAACAUUCCCUAGAUGAGGCUCAGCGUCGACUUUCCCUGAAGCUGAAUGAACUGCAGUUGGCACAGGAGAAAAUUGUCAGGCUAGAGAAUAAAUUAGAUGAACAGUCAAACCAAAACCUUUUCCAGAAGGAAGAAAUUACAAUACUGCAGAAAACCAUUUCAGAGUUGGACAAAGAAAAGGACAAUUUACUAUACAGAAUAGAUCAGAAAAGCGAGAAGAUUUCCUCUCUUGAAGGCAGCCUUGCUCAUAAAGAAAAUGCAAUACAACGCAUGCUGAGGGAGAUGGAAGAGUCUGCUCGGCAAUCUUCUAAAACUAUUAGCAGUCAUGAGCAGGAAGUCAGUCGCCUACGUCGGCAAAUAGAUGAGAUCAGUGAAGAAUUGUCUCAAACAGGAAGAGUGAAGGAGACUGUAGUUCAGGAGAAUGUGGCUCUGCAUGAUCAGUUUUCCAAAAACAAGGUUGAGAUACAGUCGUUAACUCAUAAGCUCAAAGACUUACAAAAUGAACUUCAGGAUGAGAAGCUAAAACUUCAAGGUGCUAAAACAGAUCUUACACGACUCGAAAAUGUAUUGACUUCCAAAGAAAAAGAAAAUCGAGACCUCCUUGAAAAUUACCGCAAAUCCUCAUCUCAGGCUCAUAUUUGGGAAGAUAAAUUUCACCAACUGGAGGCAGAAUUUAACUCUGUAAAGCUGGACCUUCUUGGUGCAGAAUCAGAACGCCGAAGAAUUAAAGACAGAGUUGAUGCCUUAGAAUCAGAGUCUGAACAACAUAUUACCUCAGAACAGUCUUAUAAAUCUCAAAUAAGCACUUUGUCCAAGUCAGUUGCAAGGAUGGAAGAAGAGCUGCGACAGGUUAAAGCAGAGAAGUCAUCGGCCAUUAGUGACCUGGCAUCUACCAGGGAACUUUGUGUUAAACUGGAUUCUGGUAAAGAAAUGAUAAACCGUCAACUCCAUGCUAAAUCACAAGAUGCAGAGAUGCUGCAGCAAGAACUGGAAUCGUGUCAUUCGGAGAUAGAACUCCUGAGGAAGCAGCUAGCCAGUGAAAGAAUCUCUGUGAAGAACCUGGAAGCCAUUUUAGUGUCCAAUCAAGACAAAGAAUUUCAAUCCCAAGUGCAGGUCCAGGAACUUGAAGCAGAAUAUAAGCUGCUUGGAGAUAGGCUGAUGUUGGCAGAGAGCAAACUAGGAACUCAGAGCCGAGAAGCAGGACAACUAAGAAACAAGAUAGCUCAACAAGAGGCCGAGCUUGAAAUUACAAAAAGGCAGCUCUCAACAGAACGAUUUGAAAGAGAAUUUGCUGUCAAGGAGCUCAGACGCCAGAAUUUUCAGGCCACUUCAACCUUUAGGAGAACCCCAAGUCCUACCAGAUUCUCACCAGAGCGUUCUUUUCGUUCACCUGAGCGCAGUUCCAGAUCUCCUGAAAAGUCUGUGGACAGGAGUCUUCUGUUUAGAGACUACUGAACAAUGGAUUCAAAAUGUAAGAUUCUUGCAAGACCCAUGUUCAUUGUGGUAAAAAGGCGUAUUCCAUCUUCUUUGUGCAGCAUCUUAUUGAAAAUCAUCAUUAAAUAUGAGUGCUGAGAUCUCAUUUCAUGUCCCCUGACAUUUCAUCAAUACAUUUAAUUUCGUCAUGACAGAUCUGUUACAUAAUAAAUAAGCAGUUACUUCUCAUUGGGUUUGUAUAAAGACCUAUUGUAAACAUUUACUUGUAAGGUGUGGCAAGCCUACUUUUUGUUGAAUGUUACCUGGGAGCCUCAUUGGACUGUACCAAGGCUUUCACUCCUCAUAGUUUUCAUCAAAUGGCUACGAAACAGAUUAUAUUACGGAAUCUUGGAAACAAUGAUUCCAGUGUUAUUCUCUGGUAUUUGCUACUUUCAGUUGCUCUAGAGAAGGAUCCUAUUUACCCGCUGUCAUAAAUCUCAGUCUAUAGUUCUCUGGCCACAACCAAGGAGAACUAAGCAGAUUGGCAACAUGGAAAUAGUGCUAAAGGAGUUCUAAAAACAAAAUGUCCUCAUUUUUCUUAGCUCCUUUCUUGAAUACCCAGAAACCUGUCGACAUAAUUUGAAGGGUUUACAAAUAUGUGUGUUCCAAUAUGUUUUAAGAUUUUUUUUUUUUUUUUACA